ACUUAUACCUGGGUCUUUUCUUUUUCAACCUUUCUUAUAAUGCUCUAUCUCUUUAAUUUUUCUUGUCAUUAAUGUGCUGGCCAUUUGCUUUACUGAAGGUACACAAGCAUCUACACCUGGAGAUUAAAUUGUUUAUGUUAUGUAUUGGCACUACAAACUCGGCAACCAGGUUACAGGCACGAAACUCUGAGCUCCUUAGAAGGCUCUGACAACACAAGAGGCUUAGUAACACGGCCAGGGGAAGGCUGGCAACCACUAAGAAUGAUAAAUAACAAAUAGAUAUUCAGCCUCAGUCUCCCUCCUGUGAGGGAGGCGUCACAACCUGCAGCACAUCAUUUUUUUUCGAGAGGAAUGGCAGGGAAAGCUGUGCCUGUGACACUGUGGUGAACACCUGUGCUCGUUCUUGGAGUGAAACCAAAGCUUUUAUCUUCUUCCCUCAGUUUCUCCCAGUCUUGUAUUAUUGUUUUUUGAACAAUGGAAUUAUUCCCCUAUGAAGGUCGUGGAGGGGAAGGAAUGACCACUGAAAACCUCUCUGCCUUUGUUUAGCUUUUUUAACCUGGUUUUGCCCGCCUGCUCUUCCAGGAGACCGCUCUGAUGGCAGAUCCUUCUGUGGUGGAUCACCUGACACGGCUGAAGCUCAAACUCCUGGAAAAGAGACUCCAAAAUGAACAGGAGAACCUGGAGAAGAUGGAGUCAUCUCUCCCAGCUGCAAGGAAUAGACCUGAGGACAUGCUCCAAAGUGCCCUGAGGCGGAGGAAAGAUCUGCUGCAGGAGCUCAGGGAGCAGCACCUUCUGGAAGAGCUUUCACAGCCACCUGCAGCAGCUGGAGGACACUAUCACAGAGCUGUCCCCCCACAAGUCUACCAGAUCCCUUUUCCAGCUCCCCAAGUGGAGCCACCAAGGAUUAUCCAGCAGACGAUGCCACCUCAGCCUGCCACCAUCAUCCAGCAGCUACCUCAGCCGCCCCCUCUGAUCACGCAGGUGCCCCCCGCCCAGCCCUUUGCAGCCCCCCGCACUGGAAGCAUCAAGGAAGACAUGGUGGAGAUGAUGCUGAUGCAGAACGCUCAGAUGCACCAGAUCGUGAUGCAGAACAUGAUGCUGAAGGCUCUGCCGCCGGCGGCGUUCGCGCAGCCCACGGGGGCCAGGUCUGCCCCGCCCCAGCACACGCAGCAGGCCCUGCAGCUUGCUGCUCCCCUGGCUGUGAGAGCAGACCGUCCCAGGCCACCCGUGGUGCACCACCACCACCACUACCCUCCCACAGGGGUGCUCCCAGUGCCUCCCAGGGGCUUCCCAGCCCCGUCCCCGGCGCAUCACUGGACCUGGACGUAGGCAGCUUGCUCUCUACCCAGCCUAGGUAAGCAAGCAGGCAGCUGUGGCAAACCCUCCUAGCCCAUUCUUCCUGCACAGGUUGGGGUAGCAAUGCAGAUUGUGGAAUUAGGAGCCCUGCCACACUGUGGGGCUCUUACCCUGGCUUCUGGGUCUCCCUGCCAACCCAGCAGUCACCUGCUGAACAAGGUGGAGUUGUGCAUUUUACAUUCAGGCUCAGGUUCCCAGCAGGAUUUACCUUCUUAAAACAGUGGAAAUUCUUGGGGAAAAAAAAAACCCCGCCACACUGCUGCAUCGGUGGGAACACAGCUUUUAUUUCCAUUCUGUGGCUCUUUCAGGGCCUCAGUGAACAGAAGGACAGGAUGGAGGCGGCUGCAGCCCUGGGUCCCCGUGACCUGCUGGCAGGGGUGUCUGCAUGGCAGAGCAUUUGAAUUCCUGAACAGAUUAUUUACCUAACGGGAUUCUAAGGGAUAAACAUUUCUACCUAUUUCCCUUUUGCAUGGGUUUGUAAUCUGAACUGAGUAAAGGACUCCUGGCUCCUUUCAGAAUCAGUGCAAUUCGCUGUUUGCAUGAAUCAGCAAAGCUCUUGCCAUGGCCUUCAAGCUUUCUUCUUCUUCUUCAGCUCCUUCCACCAUGACUUAUGAGACCAAGCAUCUUCUUGCAGCUGCAGCACUGCUGGCUGUUACCCAACACAAUACACCCAUUUUUCUUGUUGCAGGUGGCCCUCAUGCUGACAGGAUGGGAUCCUCAGCACGUGGACCAUAGCCUUUCAAAAAAUAAUAAAAUCCUGAUGUUCUUCCUUGA